AUGACAAGUACUGGACAAUAUCCGGAACCAUGGAAAAGCACAGCAGCAACUUUAUUUAAUCCAUAUUUAAAUAUAAAUGAAGUGCCGAAUUCCACUCGUCAACACUCUGUUCGUACACGUGUAUUAACACCAACUCGACAUUCUCGAGCUCCACCAGAAAGUCUUGUUGAAGCAGGAAAUUUAAAAGAAACAACAUCAGAGUCAGUAAAAAGACCAAACUCAAAAAGAUUUCCAAGUCAACAUGCAGCUGAGGAAGUUUCUAUUUAUGUUCAACAAAUGAUUCAUAAUCAAUUUUGUGGUCGAAGUGGAACACCAGGUGACUUAAGAUAUGAUGAUCAAAAAAUAAGACGUGCAUUGAGUACACCAACUAGUAGAAUAACAAUUAAAAAAAGAAUUUCAUCAAGCAAACAACGAUCACGAGUGUCUGAAUAUGCAUUAGAUGACUUUUUUAAUACAGCUGAUGAACAAAUCUCACGUAUGACAUCAAUGAUGCCGGGGCGAGAAUCAAGUUUUAGUGAAAAUUAUUUUCAAUGGGAAGAAAGUCCUAUACAUAGAACAAAGAUUGGUGAACGUUUAACAUUGGCAGAUAUGUGUAAUAUAGCUUCUAAUGUAGGAGAUAAAAUGAGUCAGAGUAAAGAAAAGGUUGGUCUUGAAGCAAUACGUGGUUUUCGUUUACCAUCUGCUCGAUUAACUUAUGAACCAUAUGAAUAUCAUCCAAUCGAAGCACCAAUUUUACUUGGUCAACAACAUAUUGCCACUGAUCGAAUUCGAUUAAAUGAUAUUCUAACAGAUGAUAAUUAUUCAAAUGCACCAAUGAUUGAAAUAGUUAGUAGUGAUCUUAUGGAUGAUAAAGGAUCACGAGUUAGUCGUACUCAUUUAAAAUCAAGCACAACAAUAACAACAACAUCAAAAAUUAAUGAAUUCAAAGAUUGGAGAGGAAAAAUUAGUCAACCGAAUUUACCUGAUGUUCGAAAUCGAUCAAGACGACAACAUUCAGCAUCAGUUAUAUCUCCUCAACGACCUUGUACAGCUGCAAGUAAUUUUUCAAAAUCUCGACCUGAAUCAUCUGGUAGUUUACUUAUUAAUGAUUCUCAAAAAGAAGAAGUUGAUAUUCCAUCAGCAUCAUCAGAAAAAAUGAUUAUUGCACCAGUUACUUCAGUAUUAAAAAAUCCAUCAAAUAAUAAACAACGACAAAGAAGUUAUCCACUCAAUGUUCGUAUUGAUGAAACGAAUGUUAAACAGAAUACAGAUACAAAUCAAACUGAUCGAGCUCAAAGUAGUGAAAGUGCUGAAAAUUCAAUUGAUCCACCCUGUUUAAGUCUUGGAAGUGAAAAUAAUGACGAAAUAUUAAAAACAAGAGAAAUAAAUCCUCAUUCAACACCAGUUCCAAUGUUAUCAACAAGUACAACACCAUUUACAAUGUAUACAAAUGAUUCACAAGCUCGUGAAAAUCUUUCACCAGAUCCAUUAUCAAAUAAACGAAAUUAUAAACUCAUUCGAAGUUCAUCAAAACAAAUUUACCGAACAAUACCUGAAACAAAUCAAAAUUUAAAUAGAAAUCAAACAACUGAACAAUUAACACAAUUAACACUUUCACAAUUAGAACUUUUAGAAAAUUAUGAUCCGAUGAUAAGUGCCAAAAUAGGUAUUCCAUUUAUUCCUGUUCAAAUGUUAGCAAGACCACGUGAGGCUAAUCAAUCUGCUAAACUUUCUGUCGAUCAAAUACAACGAAAUUAUCCAAAAAAAAAUGGCCAACCUGUAUUUGAACCACGUGCAUCUCGUUCUUGUCAUAGGUUAAUUGAUAUAUCUCAAACACUUCAAUUAACAAAAUCAAAACGAAUACGUGUUGAAAGACAAACAACAUUUGAAAAACCCGAAAAUGAAGCAUCUAUUGAAGAAUCUAUUCAAAUAAAACCAUUAGAAAAUCCAAAUCGUUUAGUCAUAUCACUUUAUUCUCCAUCUGAACAACAGUCAUUUGUUAAACAUACUAAUUCAAUAAGAACAUCAUCAAAAGCAUGUCCAAGUCAAUUAGAAGAUAUUUCAACUUUCGUUAAUUCAACUGAUCCACAAGCAAAUCCUUCUGAUCAAUUGAAAGAUGAACAACGAAUGGAAUAUAAUUUAAGUGUCCUUAAUAUUCGAACACAACAAGAAGUUGAUCAAAUGCGUCAACGAAGAAAAUCCAAUCAAAGACGUCUUGUAUUUCCAACUUCUAUAAUAACCAGUUCAAAUAUGCUUUCGUCUCGUAAUCGACAUAUGAAACAACAAGGGAGACCAAUUCCAAGUGUAUUUCUUACACAAGAUCCUGAUGAAUAUAAUUAUUCAACAUCGAUUUACCGGCAAGCAAGAAAUGAUGUCGAUGUAAAACGUGCAUUUAAAGGAUUUGUUGUUGAAAAUAUUCAAAAGAAAUUAUCUGCUAAUGAAAGAGAAAAAUGUGAAGAAGAACAAAAAGCUGCAAUUAAAAUUCAACGAGCAUAUCGAGAACAUUUAAAUCGACGAAAACAAAUUGAAAAUCGUCGUCCAUCAGCAAGUAAAAGACGUGAAGAAGAACGUGAUCAUCGAAGAAUUCUUUCUGCUAAACGAGCACAAUAUGUUGAACAACAAUUAAUUGAAGAAACAAGAAUUCGAGAUGAAAAUAAAGAAUAUAAAAAAAUGCUUGAUAAUACAGGACCAUCUCUUCAAAUAUUUGCAAAUUUUAAUCAAGUCGAUGCACAAUUUUCUAAAUUGACACUUAAUCGAGCUGCAACAUGUAUUCAACGAUGGUGGAGAGGAUUUAUUGUUAGACAUAGAUGGAAUUAUUUAAAAAAAGAAGUAUCUAAUUUUGGUAUAACAUGGUUUGAAUUUUCUUCUCGUUAUCGUCAAGUUGUUCAACGUAUUCAAAAAAUGCGUCAAUCAGAAUAUAAAAAAUUUAUAUUUAAUAUGGACCAAGCAAGAGAUUUUCUUACUACUGAAAAAAAAUUAAUAACUAUUUAUAAAGCACUUUCCUUUAAUGAUAAAUUAGAUGAAAAUGAAUUAGAAAAAUUCUUUGAAUGUUGUGAUUUAUCAGCAACACCUGAUGAAAUAAAAGAAGCUUUAAUAGGUGUUCUUCAACAUUAUCCACAACAGAAAAAUGAUUCAUUAACAAAAGAAAUCAUAUUUGAUGUUGUUUAUUAUAUAUAUCCACCAACAGCAACUGGUCUUCAGACAUCAAGAAAAUCAACUUGGGUUCGACCAAUUAUUGAUGGAGAAGAUGAAACGGCUAUUCAAGGUAACAUAUACAGCGAUCUUUUUCUUGAUCUAUUUUAA